AUGGGUACUGAUAAGAUGGCGACUGCCGAGAGAAAGCCUAUUAGGUACGGUAUAUAUCAAACUGCUGCUGCUGUCAUGUUUUGUCUAAUGAGAAUCAGAGUAUGGGUUGAUGGUUGUUUUGAUAUGAUGCAUUAUGGACACGCCAACGCCUUGCGUCAGGCUAAAGAGAUGGGUGAUAUUCUAGUUGUUGGUGUGCACAAUGAUGCUGACAUAGAAACGAACAAGGGAGUGCCAGUGAUGAAGGAAGAGGAGAGAUACGCUGCUGUAGCUGCUUGCAAAUGGGUAGAUGAAGUUGUUCCCAACGCACCCUACAACACCACAGUGGAGAUUCUAAAGGAGCACAGUAUUGAUUUCUGUGUGCAUGGCGAUGACAUUACUACCAUGGCUGAUGGCACUGAUUGCUAUCAAGCUGUCAAAGACGCUGGGCUCUACAAAGAGUGCAAGCGUACAGAAGGCGUCUCUACCACAGAGCUUGUCGGUCGUAUGCUACUAAUGACUCGCGACCACCACAAACGCAGACCAUCCACCACAGCCGAGCCCAUUAUUGCAACAUUUGAUACCCGAGAAUUAGCACCUUUCAGUGCCAACGGAUCCAAAGUCACCACCGUCUCUCAUUUCUUGCCUACAUCUCGUCGUAUUGUUCAAUUCAGCGAAGGCCGUGAACCCAAAGCGACCGACAAAGUCGUUUAUGUGGAUGGCACAUUUGAUCUGUUCCACGUUGGUCAUAUUGAAUUCUUGAAACGUGCUAAAGCAUUGGGCGAUUUCUUGAUUGUGGGUGUCCAUGAUGAUCAGACAGUCAACGCCAUCAAGGGAUCCAAUUAUCCACUGAUGAACCUACAUGAGCGUGCACUGAGCGUUUUGGCGUGUCGAUACGUGGAUGAAGUGAUUAUUGGUGCACCUUACAGUGUGACAGAGGAGCUUUUGAAUGGCGAGUACAAGGUAGCACUUGUGGCUCAUGGUAAUAGUCAUCUAGAGAAGGACAUGGAUGGUAGAGACCCCUACGAGUUGCCAAAGAAGCUUGGUAUUUACAGGGAAAUUGACACUCCCAAUGCUACAAUUACCACUGAGGGCAUAAUCAAUAGAAUCAUUGAAAAUCGCAAAAUCUUUGAGGAAAGACAAAAAAGAAAGAAUGCAAAGGCUGCAUUGGAGCGUCAAAAGGAGAUUGAGGAAAAGAAGAUGGCUACUGAAACUGCAUGA